CUUCUUAGCCACGCAUAGAGCAACUUCAAUGAAUUUGAGUUGUGCAUUGGUUAGAGAACGGCGAAUACUUGUAAAGUUCCCCAAUAAACAAAGUUCAGGGUCCACUGGAACAUUAACUCCCGUGAUCCUGGUUAAAGUGGAGCAGAUAUCAUUCCAGAAAGGCCUAACUUUCAUACACAGCCAGGUACAAUGUAAAAAGGAACCAACUUCAGUAUCACAUCUAAAGCACAUUUCUAACAGGUUGGAUUUGAAUGAAUGUAAUUUUUCUGGGGUAAGGUAUAACUGAUGUAGAAAAUUAUAGUUAAUCAAUUUGUAACGGGCAUUGAUGAUAGUUGACAAGCUGUUUUGACAUAGUUCUGUCAAAUUGUUCGUCAAUUGUAACAUUGAGAUCUGACUCCCAUUUCAUUCUAGACUUAUGCACACCUGGUUUUGGGCCCUCAGUCAACAACAGAUGAUACAUUUUAGAAAUAAAUUUGUGUAUUCCCAUCAUAAAGAAAUCUUUCAACAUCAUUCAUAACAGGCAGAGUCAUUUCAGGACCCAAAUUAGCCCUCAGAAAGGAUCUUAGUUGGAGAUAACAGAAAAAGGUUUGAUUGGACAAGUUAUAUUUCCUCUUCAGGUGUUCAAAUGACAUGAAAAGUCCUUUAUUGAAGCAAUCCUCCAAGUGUUGGAUUCCCUUAUGGUGCCAUCUGUCCAGAAUCUUAUCAAGAGUCAUGGGUAUAAGUUCAUUUUGCUUUAAAGGUGUUUUAGGUGACAGCCCCACCUUCAAUCCAAGACUUUUGUGAACCUCAUACCAAACUUUUAUCAGAUGCCUCAAUAUAGGGUUGUCUGUCCUGUUGUUUACAGUUCCAGAAUUAUGCUUAUAAAUGAAGUCACCGUGGACCUUUUCAUUCAGGGGGUGCAGUCUGAUUUGUGUCCAAGAAGGGGCGUCACUGCCCUCAAAAAAGGAUGAGAUGACCCUCAGUUGGGCUGCCAGGUAGUAGUUUUUAAAACUUGGUAGUCGAAGUCCCCCCGAGCCAUAGUCCCAUGUUAGCUUCCCCAUAGAUAUCCGGGGUGCUUUAUAAUUCCAUAAAAAUUGUCUGACGUAUCUAUUGAGAGCUUUGAAGAAUGAUUGUGGCAAUGGAAUGGGUAGGGAUUGAAACAGAUAUUGCAAUCUCGGUUGUACAUUCAUUUUAAUACAAUUCACUCUUCCAAUCAAGGUGAGAGGCAAGCCCAUCCAUCUACGUAAAUCAUCAUCAGUCUUCCUGAGCAGUGGGAGGUCAUUCAAUUUGUACAGAUUUUUGAGGUUGUUGUCUACAAAUAUACCAAGGUAUUUUAUACCAUCCAUAGGCCAUCUAAAUGGACUUGUGCGCUGGAGUUCGGAGUGAUCAAAAUUUGUCAAUGGAAUAAUUUCACUUUUUUCCAAAUUCACCUUAUAACCUGAAACACUUUUUUCUCUCUCUCUCUCUCUCUCUCUCUCUCUCUCUCUCUCUCUCUCUCUCUUACUACUACUACUACUACUACUACUACUACCACUAUAGACCUCUUGCAGUCACAUGACCGGAAUGUAAACAGCCGCCAUCUUGUCGGUCAACAACACAGCUGAAUACUGCUGCACUCAUGUACAAAAUGGAUCAAUUUCAACCAACGGACUACACAGCUCAUUUUUCUAAUGAACAGAUAACUAGAUAUAUGUCUAAAAUAAACGACCUACAGAUUAGUGACCCUUAUCGAUUACCGGACGUAGUUUUCACAACCGUGUGAGUGGAUAUGGAACUGCCAGAGGUGGAAUACCCAGAUGUGUAUAAUUACCUCAUUAACUUUCCCUUGCUGUUCAGUGGUGAAGCACUGCGUGCUUAUAAAUCUCUGGACAGUUAUCUUUACAGAAAUUCAGGAUUUGUCAGCCCCCCUCAGAUGUGGCAUCUUGUAAACAAGAAAAUAACAAUCCUCAUUGGAUGGGUAAGUCACUUAAGUAUUGAGUGCUAGUACUGAUACUAGAUAUAUCAGUAGUAUCUAGUAUAGCACUGACCAGCCGAUUAUAGAAUAAGGUAAUUCCAGCUGUAAUUCCAAAUCGUCCGUCUUGUUUACCAUGGAUCUGACGGAGAGGUAGAGGCUUGGCAGUGGAGGUUUGAGUGGCUGUUUUCUGAGCUUAGUCAACAGGCCGGCUCUGCAGCCUCGCUUUUGCUUCCUCUCCCGACGCCUUCGCCUGCCAGACCCGAUAACAAUUCACGGAGACCCCGCUGGUCUCGCUGUCUCGUCCGGAAUGUUGUGCAUGCGAUGGAAAUCGCUACAAACAGUCAUUUUCUGCUGGAAACCAAUGUCCAGUAAGUCCAUACGGUUGUAGUGGUUAUUGAAGUCCGGUACAGACGAACAACGCGCAAAAAUACACACAAAAAUCAUAAAUGUGCACAGGUAGGGAGAGCUUGUAGCCGCAGCAUCCCCAUCAUGCGCCGCCAUAUCCACUAUUAUGGUUGAGUAUUUUAUAUUAUCAGUUAGAUCAAGUAUCAGUAGUCUAUCACUAUUACUGUAUAUAUGGUGUACCUGAUGGCAGCAAUCCAUUUUGCACGCCUGUCAGGGUCCCGUAGCAGCCUGCUGUCAAGUGUAUGUGAGCAUCAUGGGUUUCCCACACUUGAAAGGGAAGGACUCGGACACAGGAUUCCACUCGUCUUAUGUUUUAUUGAUUUUCAGUGGAGUUGAUGUUGUAGUAGAAUUGUAUAUAGUAGGGUUUUCCAGAAGAAAAGGUGGAACCAGAAGCAGAAGUAGAACCAGAAGUAGAAGUGGAACCAGAAGUAGAAGGCGGAAAUAUGACAUUUGACCGACAAGAUGGCGUCUGUUUACAAUCUGGAUCGGCUGUGACGUCACAUGCAAGUGGUCCAUAAGUAUUUAAUACAGUUUGUAAUUUGGAAAGAGAGUUAUCAGAGUCUUUUAAGUACAAAAUAACGUCAUCUGCCAGCAAAUUAAUUUUAUGAACUGCCUGACCCACCUGAAAGCCUUUUAUAUCAGGAUCUUGUCUAAUUGCUUCAGCUAAAGGCUCAAUUGCCAAGACAAAAAGUGCUGGAGACAAAGGGCAUCCCUGUUGACUUGAUCUGCUUAAAGGGAAUGUAGAUGAAAUCUGUCCAUUGGUGCUGAUUUUUGCCUGGGGUUUGAUAGUUUGAACCCAACUAAGAAAUAAUUGACCGAACCCAAACUUGGCUAACACUUUGAAUAAAUAUGGCCACUCUAGCCUAUCAAAGGCCUUCUCAGCAUCCAAAGACACAGCUGCACUGGGUUCUGUUUCAGAUUUUGUUAAAUGAAUAAUAUUAAAAAGCCUACAUAGGUUAUUAGCUGAGGAACGCUUUGAAAUAAAGCCACACUGGUCUGGAUGUAUUAGUUGUGGCAGGUAUUGGCCAAGUCUGUUCGCUAGGGCCUUGGAAAUUAAUUUAUAAUCUGUAUUUAACAAUGAAAUUGGCCAAUAUGAAGAGCAUCUCAAAGGAUCUACUUUUUUUUUGUGUGAAUUACAGUAAUUAUGGCUGUAGAGAAUGACUCGGGGAGUAUUCGAGUCUUGGAGGCCAAGUUGAUGACACCCAUGAGGAGUGGCAGGAGUAAAUCCUUAAAUUCCCUGUAAAAUUCUGGAGGGAACCCAUCUUCUCCUGGUGAUUUGUUUGCUUGUAAUGAGCCCAGAGCUUUUUCAAUUUCUUUUUGUGUAAAGGGCAGAUCAAGACACUUUUGAUCUUCCUGGCCAAGUUUGGGCAGUUCAAUCAUGGACAAAAAUUCAUCAGUGUUACUCAGAUUCUCUGGUGGUUCUGAUGUGUAUAAAUGUGUGUAAAAUUGUUUGAAUGCAUCAUUAAUUUCUGUUGGGUUAUAUGAUACAGAACCUGUUUCAGUUUGGAUUGAAUUAAUCGUCCUAGAGGUUUCUUCUUUUCUCAGUUGCCAAGACAGAAUUUUGUGCGCCUUCUCUCCCAAUUCAUAGUAUCUCUGCUUGUUUCUUAGAAUGUUUUUUUUUUUUUUCAAUUUUAUAAGUAUUGUAUCUAAGCUUUUUGUUUACCAAUAACUGGUGUACUUCUUUAGAUCUUGAUUGUUGAAACUCCUUUUCCAGUUUCAAGAUGUCUGCUUCCAAUUCUUCUAUUUCUGCCAUGUAUUUCUUUUUGAUACCUUCUGGUAAGAGAUUAUUUGUCCCCUUAAAAAGGCUUUUAGUGUGUCCCAUAAUGUAAAACUAUUGGGAGAAGAAGCACAGUUUGUCUCAUAGAAUAGCCCAAUCUGAUCCCUUAUAAAUUUGCAGAAAUCUGGUUUUUGAAGGAGAGUAGGGUUCAGACACCACCUAUAUGUAUUAGUAGUUUUUUCAGGCAUAUGAAUGGACAGGGUCAGAGGUGAGUGAUCCGAUGGUGCUCUAGAUAAGUACCGUAUUUUCUGGACUAUAGAGCGCACCUGUAUAUAAGCCGCAUCCGCUCUAUUUUAAAAAAUUUUAAAAAAAGAUAUACAAGCCGCACUGGGCUAUAAGCCGCAGAUAUCUAUGUUGAAAAAUUAGAUAUUUACUGCAUGUACAGAACGAUUUUGUACUGUAAAUGUACAUGUAUGUACCUGAACAGAUUCUUUCCGAACAGUGCCUUUUAACACGGCAGCAACUUUGCUGAUUAAAACGGAACAGAACCAAGAGAAAUAACCGGUAUUUAUUUACCUUCAUUUCUCCUGUGUUUGAAACCACAAGUCACUUUAAUCAUCUUCGCUGGAUUUGAAAAUAAUUACCAGUUAGUAAUUUGUCGUGCGUGUUCUAUCUGCUAAAGAUCUGCUAAUUCUUCUUUGCAUUGAUUUUUCGUCUAUCUUAUUUUUUAUUCUACUUCCGGUUAGAGCGCCCCUAGCGGUGGAAGAAAAAUCCACAGAAUAGCCGCACCUUUGUAUAAGCCGCAUGGUUCAAAACCUAGGAAAAAAGUAGCGGCUUAUAGUCCAGAAAAUACGGGUACUCAGAUUCUACUGCCCUGUGAAUCAGCUGUGUCGACAACAGGAAGAGAUCAAUCCGAGUAAAAGAGUUGUGGCGACCAGAGUAAAAAGAAUAAUCUCGGGUUUGAGGGUGCAUUUGUCUCCACACAUCAGUUAAGUUUAAUUCCUUCAUGAAUUCUACUGUGAUUUUGGCUGCUUUAGAUUUGGAUACUGAUAGAGCUGACUUAUCCAGAACAGGAUCUAGGCAGAAAUUAGUCACCCCCUAUAAGAAUGUUUGGCCGUCCUGCUGACACCUUCAGGAGUAUGUCCUGUAUAAAUGACUCAUCGUCAUAAUUGGGUGCAUAAAAAUUUAAGAGUCCAGGAUUCUGAGUAAAUCUGACAAUUCACUAAAACGUAUGUCCCCAAUGUAUCAACAAUGGUUUCUCCAAUUGUUACAGGUAUGUUCUUAUUUAUCAAGAUGGCCACUCCCCUGGCUUUAGAGUUAAAAGAUAUUACAACAUGCCCUAUCCAAUCCCUUUUCAAUUUUCUAUGCUCCAGGGGUGUCAGAUGGAUUUCCUGUAUAAAGGCAAUGUCUAUUUUCAAUUUUUUCAAGUGUGUUAAUACUCUCUCCCGUUUAACAGGUCCGUUUAACCCAUUCACAUUAAAACUCACAAAUUUCACCACCCUGUUCAUCAAUAGCAAAUGAUUUUACAGAGAUAUUGCCCCUUCCAUAAGACAAAUGUGUCUCUUACGACCAAGUAAUGUAAAGUAAAGCACUGACCAUAUGAAAAAACAGUAGAAGACAAAAAAAAAAGAGAACAGUAACAUCCCACCCCGCCUUGUGCCUCCCCGAACCUGGCACAUAGCAGCUCGUAUUCAUCUCAAAGGGAGCUACUGGGCAAAUAAUUAGAAUGUUACCACUAGCCCCCUCCCCGUGACAAUAUAGUAACAUUAACUAUAUGAUACCGCGAUAUAGAGCAAUUAAAGCAGUGAAAGUAAAAACGGUAUCAGCAACUCGGGUUGUGCAGAUAUGGCAGCACUUCAAAUUGGGCUGUUGUAAUAUAGUGUAUAUAAAACAAUAUGCAAAAAGGUCCCAGUGCUGCGAGCAGCAGGUCAGCUACUUUGAACAUAAAGUUGCCUCACCUCGGCGCAACCGUGAAUUGAAUGAAGAAUGUCAGUGUAUGGAUCUACUCCCCUUCUUGUACAUUUAUUCCUUUCCAGGGACUUCGCCGCCUCCUUCGGAUCGGAUCGGCGAAGAUCCUGGGCGCUCCGACAUCUCGGGGAUUUUGCAUAGAGACAUGAAGGCAGCAAACGUGCUCAUCACAAGGGAUGGUGUGCUGAAACUUGCUGAUUUUGGCCUGGCAAGAGCUUUCAGUCUGGCAAAAAACAGCCAGGGCAAUCGCUACACCAACAGAGUAGUGACACUGUGGUACCGACCUCCAGAGCUCCUGCUGGGAGAGCGUGAUUACGGGCCACCCAUUGAUCUGUGGGGUGCAGGGUGUAUCAUGGCUGAAAUGUGGACCAGGAGCCCCAUCAUGCAGGGAAACACAGAACAGCACCAGCUCACUCUGAUUAGCCAGCUGUGUGGAUCCAUAACGGCUGAAGUGUGGCCUGGCGUGGAUAAAAAAUACGAGUUGUACCAGAAGAUGGAGUUGCCUAAAGGGCAGAAGCGAAAGGUAAAAGAGCGUCUGAAGGCGUAUGUUAAAGACCCAUAUGCUCUGGAUCUGAUCGAUAAGCUGUUGGUGCUGGAUCCAGCGCAGCGUGUGGACAGUGACGAUGCUCUCAACCAUGACUUCUUCUGGUCUGAUCCCAUGCCCUCUGACCUCAAGCAUAUGCUCUCCACACACAAUACAUCCAUGUUCGAAUACCUGGCCCCCCCACGGCGCCGCGGUCACAUGCCCCAACAGCCAGCCAAUCAGAACCGCAACCCAGCUACAGCCAGCCAGUCGGAGUUUGACCGUGUUUUCUGAUUUCUCCAACGUCGGACACCACCCCCAAUAAUUUAGAAAGGGGAACAAGAUUUAUGAGCUCAAAUUGAGAUGAGCAAAACUGAGCUUAACGAGACUAUCCGAUGACCAGCUGUGUUGGUUUCACUUCUCAUCUAGUCUGAUUGUCUCUAGAUGGAAUUCUCUGAAUUAUGUAUUUUAAUCAUACAGAUGAAUUCUGUGGCCUCUGGGUCAGAAAUCAACUGGUAGCUCUCUGGACACCCCUUGUUUAUCCACAUGUUCAUUUUGGACUACUGUGGUUUGAAAUGCAGCUAAGGGGUCAGGUUUUCUGUGUUAACGGAAGUGGGAGCAGCAGUUUGUUGGGACUGAGUUUCGUGCUGCAUUAAAAAAGAUGAGGAAAAAGUUAUACAGUGUCCGUUUUGGAGAUUGUGUUGUCUUGCACCAUUUCAGCUGCAGUUUUCCUGCAUUUUGAAUAGAGCAAAACUGUGUUUUAUUUUCUCAUAUUAUGUUGAGACUUUUAUUUAGCUAUUUAUCAUAUGGUUUGCACCCUCUGUGUUAAUGUUCAAAUGUUGUUUUACUUGCUUUUAUAAAGAUAUGUGUUUGGGUAUUGAGGUAUUUGAAACCCCAAUAAACCUCCUAAUCUUUCACUGUGUUGAUAUUCACUUGUACCCACUAAGUGGCACAGUAGCACAUCUUUUGAAUGCAGAAUGAAAAUAUUUGCUGAACAUUUGGGAUAAAUGGUGUUAAAGCAUCUAAAUAUCUAAUGAGCAUUUGUUUUCCAACUAAGACAUGGUUUCCUGAUUUGUGUAAAUAAAAUGGUCGCUCUUUA